AUGAAGAAGUUUGGAGAUCUAAGAACACUUAUUCUCGAAGCUCAUCGUCGCCGUUACGAUCAGUUCGAUCCACCACCUUGGCUCCUACUACAACGUUCCACAGAAAGCCUCCAAAACUUCCUAAAUGACGUACUUCACAAACAAGUGAACCUAGAGCCUGUGUUAUUAACUUUCGCACGAGAUGAGAGGAACAGCAAGAAUGCUAAUAUUAUUAAGAGGGCGAACGUUGUGCCACUGUCACUAUAUGCAAGGGAGAUGGCGGGCAACCGCCUCGGGGGUCUGAGGGUCUAUCACCCCUAUACCACGAUAUUCACGAGCAACAGAGAGGACUUUUUAGAGCCCAAGGUUGAAUGGACCAACUGUGCCGGGGAUAUUAUGACUAUCAGCUGGCUGCCGGAUGCUACACGCUUCGUCUGCGGCGCGACCACUCAUUCCGACUCACAUAAUCAACAAUAUAAUAAACCUGGUAACCUUCUAUUCGGUGAUGCGUCAUUGAGGACAUUAAGAGCGUAUCCCGAUCAUCGUAUACCUCGCCCUCUCGUUGCCCAAGGUGAAAAUGCCUUGGAAGCAAUGAGGGAAAGUCAAGAUCCUUGGUUGUUCACGUCUGUGGUUUCGUCGGAUUACGACCCCGUCUUCGACUUUGCGUUUACCUCAAGCUUCGAUAACACGGUCAAGGUCUGGCACACAACUGAAGGGGCUAUAGCACUUCGCGAGACGUGGCACCAUGAGGGCCACGUUAAUUUCGUCGUGACGAAUAAAAGUAAACAUGGUAGUAAGGUCGCCACAGCCACCGAUGUUCCUACGAGAGCAGUACGGGUUUAUUAUGCGCAACGUGACAGGUCGGGCAAUUACGCGCAAGCUUACAGAUAUAAAGAGUUCUCUUGCAAGCGAGUACAUGGUGAAGACUACGUCCCCUCGGAUAAAUGGGCCUACUUCCCGUCCGCCAUCCGCUGGGGAAUAGACUCAAGCGUGAACCAUCUUCUGCUAAUCGGAUACUCGCCAAGGAGCCUUAACAAUGACGACAGUGAGAUUCCCGAAGAGAAGCGUUCUACUGGAGAGCUCUGUUUAUGGGAUAUGAACACAUAUACCGAGGUCAAGGUCAAUAGUGCAGCUACUUCGAAUGUAUUCGAAGUUGUAUGGCAUCCUUAUCGGCCAAGCUUUGCAGCGGCAACUUCGGCGUCACAGACCUCUGAGAAGUUAGAGGAGCAUAUUCGAACGCAGAUUCGUCUUUUUGAGCUGAACGAGGCGACGGGCCAAUAUGGCGUCGUCAAAACACUCGAUUGCCCUGCUAUUGACAUCAAUGAGCUUGCAAUUAGGCCCAACAGUAUUCUAUACUCGUACAUUGCCGCCGGCUGUACUGACGGCAAAGCCUACGUCUGGGACUCGGCCGCGAGCGAGGACCAACCAAUGUGUGUUCUCGAACAUGGCGAUCCGGUUGAAGAAGUUAUCGGGAACAGAGAGCAGGAAGAUGUCGGAGUUAAAUUUAUAGCGUGGGCCACAUCCCCCGAUCGUCUAUAUACAGGUUCAUCCGACGGGUUUGUUAAGGUGUGGAAUGUACGGCAGGGGAAGGGAGAGUUAGUGAGAGACCUUAUCGAAGUGGCAGCACCCAUCACAGCCGGUGCUUUCUCGCCGGAUUUUACGAAACUUCUUAUUGGAGACGGUAGUGGACGAGUACAUCUAAUGGAUAUGGAAGACGACGAGGAGAAUAACGACCAGAAUAACCCAGCCGCUACUUCUUUGGGGGUUGUUAACAUGCAGGUCAACGGCAAGCAGCGCGUAAUCCGUCGGCCUCGCCCCUUUAUUCCUCACCCUGAAGUCCCGCCUCCCAACCAAGAUGGAGACGAAUAUCCAAACCAACCUCUAUACCAACUGGGCCAGAGGAGAGCAAGAGAAUACUUGGAAAGAUCAUAUCUUGCCCUCCAUCCCGACCCUACUAUUGGCGCCGUUCAGGGCCCAGCGUACCCCGAAACAGGCCUCUACCGAGCAGAAGCUCACCUCAGCGGAGAUCCCCAAGCACCGCUCCUAAGCGGAUUCGAAAACCUACAGCGAGCCAAUCAGUCAUUCUCUAGGAAGACUAGGUUCCGGAGACAGAGGAGCGUGGAUGAUAUGGCGCGGGACUUGCAGGCGCGAAAUGCCGCCGUCGAUGCGGACAUUGAGGAGAUGCUGGAUCCGGAUACCCGUAUGGCGCUUGAGGUUGAGGGGGCGGAGUUUGGUGAGGCGUUGCUGGAGUUGGAGUAUGAAGAUGAAGAUGAAGAUGGAGAAUGUGGCUACAAUGCGGAUGAGGAGUAA